CUCAUGCUCAGAUCCCAAAUCCUCCCCCAAACCGACUCCUGCUACCGCCUGCUCUCCUCCUUCGUCAAGCUCAAGCAACUCGACAAGGCCUGGAUCGUCUACGCCGAGAUGUUCCGCUCCCGGAUCCGAUCCACCGUCCACACCUUCAACAUCAUGAUCAACGUCCUCUGCAAGCAGGGCGAGCUCCGAAAAGGCCAAAUCUUUCACCCAUUUCAUGGAGGAAUCCGGUGUCGAACCCGAUGUGGUGACUUACAGCACGGUUGUUCAUGCGUAUUGCAUGAGGAGGCAGGUUGAGCUGGGUGUUGAGCUUGUGAAUUUGAUGAGGGAGAAGGGGAUUGCGCCCGAUGAGUACACUUAUGGGUCGAUAAUCUCGGGAAUGUGUAAAGAGGGGAGAGUUGGUGAUGCUUCUCGGGUUUUGGGGGAGAUGGUGGAUGCGGGCUUGGCGCCGAGUGUUGUGAUUUACAAUGCUUUGAUUGAUGGGUAUUGUAACAAAGGGGAUUUGGGAACGGCGGUUGGGUAUAGGGAUGAGAUGGUGAAGAGGGGGAUUGAGCCGACGGUUUCUACGUAUUAUGUGUUGAUCCAUUCUAUGUUUAUGGAGGGAAUGCACGAGACAGUGAAGGAGCUGGCGAAGGAGAUGGAGGGGAAGGGUUUGGUGCCUGAUGAGGUCACCUAUAAUAUUUUGAUCAAUGGGUAUUCGAAGGAAGGAAAUGUGAAGAAAGCAUUUGAAAUGUUUGAGGAAAUGUCAAUGAGAGGAGUGAAACCUACUCCGGUUACUUAUACUUAGUUGAUUUGUGUACUUUCGAAGAAGGGUAGAAUUCUUGAUGCGGAUAGGAUGUUUAGAGAGGCAAUUCAGAAGGGAUCAUCGCCUGAUCUUGUGAUGUUUAAUGCUUUGAUUGAUGGAUAUUGUGGUAGCGGUGAUAUGGAGCGAGCAUUGGAGAUGAAGACUAGGAAGGUUGUUCCUGAUGAGGUUACUUAUAAUAUACUCAUGAGAGGGUUUUGUUUGUUGGGAAAAGUUGAGGAGGCUCGUGGUCUUCUUGAUGAGAUGGAAAAAUGCGCGAUAAAACCAGAUCUUAUUAGUUAUAAUACUCUCAUCAGUGGUCAUAGCCGGAAAGGCGAGCUGAAGGAUGCUUUUAUGGUUAGAGAUGAGAUGUUGAGCAAGGGUUACAACCCGACAAUUCUAAGUUACAAUGCCCUUAUUCAAGGAUUGUGUAAACAUGGAGAGGGAACUCGUGCAGAGGAACUGCUUAAAGAAAUGGUCAGCAACCGUAUCACCCCAGAUGAUAGUACAUAUAUAUCGCUGAUUGAGGGGCUGAACGAUGUUGAAGACUUCGUAAAAAGUGAGAAUAUAUGAAUAUGUGCGUCUACGUCACAUCAUCUGUCAACAAAAUUGCUAUGACGCAUGGUGGAUGUUCUUAUGUUGGGUUGUAAUAUCGUAUGUGCGGCAUUAAAUUUUGGAGCAUGCUUUUUUGGCUUUCA